UGCGCCUGCGCGGUUGCUGCCAAUGCUGCUGGACUACUUCCAUGGGGCCACUGAGUGUGGCUGCGAUGGUGGCGGCUCUGUACGUGGCUGGGCUGCCCCCCUCGGUCCCCGGGGGAGACUCCGGGGAGCUGAUCACAGCCGCCUAUGAGCUUGGAGUUGCUCAUCCCCCAGGCUAUCCGCUAUUCACUCUUCUGGCUAAAUUGGCAAUCGAGUUGUUGCCUUUUGGUUCCGUUGCCUAUCGAGUCAAUCUCCUGUGUGCCUUGUUGGGAGCAGCUGCCGCGUCGUUUCUCUUUGACACAGUUGUCAGGCUUUCUGGCAGGCGUGCCGCAGGAAUCUUUGCUGUGGGGAUGUUUGCGUUUUCUCGUCUCACAUGGCAAUGGUCCAUCACAGCAGAGGUUUUCAGCUUAAACAAUCUGUUUGUCGGGCUGCUCCUGGCUCUCUCUGCGCGCUUUGAGGAGGCGAGGACAGCGAAGGAGAGAUCAAAGAUCUGUCAAGUAGGUGCUUUCUGCUGCGGGCUGAGUUUGUGCAACCAGCACACCAUUGUGAUCUAUGUGCUUUGCAUUGUGCGGUGGGUCUCCUUUCGCUUGUUCCGGGAGAGGGAAUUGACCCUGGGCUACAUCCUGAAAUUGGGGCUGUGCUUCUUGGCUGGUUGCCUGCCUUAUCUCCAUUUGCCUGCCUCUUCUUCUCUCAACAAAGCUCGAUGGACCUGGGGGGACCAGACACACCUGAAAGGAUUUAUGACCCAUCUUCUCAGGGAAGAGUACGGGACAUUCAAUCUGGCAAAAUUGGAAAACGGAUCCAGUAUGGCAGACAUAUUGCGUUUUCAGGUGACCCACAUGAAGAUGGAACUCUCCCUCAUAACCCCAGUCCUUGCAGUUGCAGCGUGUUUGCAUUCCUCAGUGAGGCCCAGAGUAGGGAAGCAGCAUUUGGUCUGGCUUUUUACCUUGAUGCUCUUGGCAUAUCACUUUUCUUUGCUUGGAGAGAACCUGGAUAUAUCAAGGCCUCUGUUUCAGGGAGUGUCUUGGGGAAAGGUGGGAAUAAAUAGAAAUGAUGGCAACGAUGAUGGUAGUGGUGAUGGCAGUGGCACUAUAAUUGCAUGCUUAGAAUGGCUUUUUGCUGCUGUUCUCAUCAGCAAAAUUACCUCCAGUUACAGCAUCUGUGACCAAAGCCAUAAUGAUGUUGUUGACCGCUUUGCAAGGAACCUUUUGUCAUCCAUGCCUUCAGAUGCCAUCAUCUUGCUACGAGGAGACCUGCCUGGGAAUUCCCUUCGUUACCUUCAUUAUUGUGAAGGAAUAAGGCCAGAUAUUACUUUGGUUGACCAGGAGAUGAUGACUUACCAUUGGUACUUGCCGAAGUUAGCUAAACAUUUGCCUGGUGUUGUUUUUCCUGGGAACCGCUGGAAUCCUGUGGAAGGGCUAUUACCUGAUGGAACAACCACCUUUAAUCUCCAUCAUUUUCUCAAAGUAAAUAAACACAAAGAAGUCUUUGUCUGCAUUGGGCUUCACGAAGGUGACCCCACCUGGAAGAAAGACUACGCCCUUUGGCCGUGGGGGUCUUGUGACAAGCUUGUGACUUCAAAAGCUGCCUUUGAUCCCGGAGAGUGGAUCAGUCAUACCAGAAAUCUCUACAACUGGAGUGAAGAAUAUGGGAGGUUUGAUGCCUCUUCGUGGGAGUCAGUAGCCAAUGAGGAGAUGUGGCAAGCCAGGAUGAAAACAGCCUUCUUCAUUUUUGACCUCGCAGAAACUGCUCCGGUGUCUGCAGAUGUGAAAGCGCAGUUGUACACGUUUGCUUACAAUGUAUACAAGGAGAUCAUAAGUGCUCAUGAAACCCACCCGGUGAACUGGCACAAAAACUAUGCAAUCGCAUGCGAGAGGAUGCUGCGUUUGCACCCGCCAAUAGAAGACUCGGAAGUCCUGCUCUCAGAAACCAUCAAACACUUCCUCCUUUAUACCAAGAAAGCUGAGGAUGAUCCCCAGCAAGGACAGAUUUUGCAAGCUGUAAAACAUCUGAAGAAAGAACUCCGAGAGCUGAGAAAAGUAAAGAAAGAGGGAAACAGGCAUAAGGUGUAGGAGGGCUUUGCAGUCUGUUGCUUUGAGGGGAAACAAAAUGGGCUUUGAACAGCUGAGGGGAAAAUCACAUUGAAGUGGAUGGAAAACCAAUAGGUAAACUGAACUUGAAUGUUCUUGUAGAUGGAAGAGAAGCAAAUGUGUGUGUUGGUUAGUUAUGGUCUUUUUUAGUUUUAAGAAGAAAAGAUUUUAAAAGGGGGAUUUAAAUGAUACAAGUAUAUAAAAGGAUGUGCAAGAAAAAGGACAAAGGUUGUCUGAAAUUUGCCAGCCACAGAUGCUGGCGAAACGUCAGGAAUAAACUCUUCUAGAACAUGGUCACAUAGCCCAAAAAAACCUACAAAAAACUAUGGAUGCCGUCCAUAAAAGCAUUUGACUUCACAAAGGUUGUACUCUUUCGCAAUACCAUGGGUCCUUGGUAUCCACUAGGGUUUGGUUCCAGGACCCCCAGUGGAUACCAAAAUCCAUAGAUGCUCCAGUGCCAUUGUAUACAUUGGCAUAGUAAAAUGGUGUCCCUAAUAUAAAAAUAGCAAAAUUAAGGUUUGCUUUUUGGAAUUCUUUUUGUUUGGAAUAUUUUCAUACCAUGGCUGGUGGAAUCUGUGGAUAAAGAAUCUGUGGAUGUGGAGGGCCGACUAUACAAGGACUUAGAGUCAUCCAGUGAAGGUAAUUGGCAGGAGAUUUGGAUCAGAUAAAAGCAGUGCCAGAUGGUAUCUACCAAAACUUGAAGAGACAAGGUGACCAGAGGAAGGCAAAGCUAAAGUCAACAGUAGAGGGAGCCAAAUAAUUUUGGUUGCAAUGGCACAGCAGUGUUCAGUCUGUAAUAGUUAAUGCCUCUCUCGGGUUGGCAACUGCAGAAGACACCUUGCCCCCCUAGGGACCUUAGAAGGCUGUAUCCGUUAGGGCUUAAUAUUUACUUUAUAAUUGUUUUAAACUUUAGAAGCCCCUGCUACUACCCAUAAGGAACAUGAAGGGCAAUAUUGCCAUGUUUGUGGACCCCCUGGGCUGUUUUAAACCCAGGAGAUUCCAUUUUUUUCCAAGCGAGAAGUCAAGUCCAUUUCAAAAAAGUAAAAACAAAAACAAGCUAUACUGAACCUAAAACAGACUAAGGGGCCAAUACAUAAGAGUUUAUCACACAAAGGCGAUCAGGAGUUUAUCCCGUGAAUAUCCCAGAAAAAUCACUUAAUUACGUGAAGCUAUUUCACACGAUGUCACACAAAACCCACCAUUAAAGUGGUCACAAAGAAGCAUUAGCACGUAUCUUUUUUAGUUCAGGAUUUCAGCAGCAAUGCAUUUCCGAUAUCACUUUAUUUGCACAAUUGCAUGUAAUAAUCAUUCGUGCAGUUACUUGCCAUUUUCACUUUAUUUGCGGGAUGGUUUAAAUGUGCUUUAAUCUCUCUUUAAUGCCAAAAAUUAACCCCAGUGUGAUAAACUCCAUAGUGAAAGUACCCCCAUAAUCCAUAUGGCAUAUGCCGGGGCUUUUAAAAAACAAACACAAAAACAUAUUUCCAAAAAAAUUUGCCAAUUUCCCCCAUCCCAUGGAAUCCUGUUUUUUUUUUUGGGGGGGGGGGUUGUUUGUUACUUUGAUAAGACACUAGAGCUCCCUAAACUACAAAUAGAGAGCUAGCAUGGCAUAGUGGUUUGAGCAUUGAACUACAACUCCAAAGAUCAGGAUUCAGAUUCUGCUCAGCCAUGGAAACCCACUGGGCAUCCUUGGGCU